AUGCAUUCAUCGCGUCACACGCGUGCUUCGAGUCCUCCGCUCUCGACCACCGGCUCCUCCCAAGUCACCACAACCCAUCAGCCUAAACUCAAUGUCGUCACGCGUCUUGCGAUCGAAGGCAAGGCAAGACACGGUGAGGAUGGAGCGUCCAUCAGGAUGUAUCUCAAGGUAAAUAUCCCACUUUGUCCAUCCCUAUGGACUAGCGUCUCUUCCGGCUCAACUAUACCGCUCUUCGCUGAGGAAAACCUCAAGCUGUUGUCCGCUCAAGUUCAUCCUCUUGACGCUAAUUCCACUCCGUACAACUUCUCCAGCUCAGCAUUUCCAAUGCUGAACAACGCCGCGCGAGCCCUCAACCUGCCCGCCCGGUCCUCAAAAUCCUAUCUCUCUUUGUUCGGCGUGUCUGUCUCGACCACCUCCGUGCAUUCCAGCCGCUCGUCAUCCUCAACCUCUACCAGUACCUCAAGCCCCCCCCUAGACGACAGAUACACUGGACACAUCAUAGUUAGCGGAUACAAUAUCUCAUAUAUCCUUCCAAAAGAUUUCCCUCCUCGCUUCGUCGGUGACGACAGUGCACUACGCGUCUCCACAUUCUCGGCUGUAAAGAUGCGGCGAGGUUCCGUCAGUGAAAGAAGUAACAUGCAUUUCAUGGCUGCCAUCGACCUUUUCGUCCCAUUCACAUCACGCCCCCCUCAAGCACCGUUUCUGAUUUCAUUGCCUCUGCCUCGCUGUCUCUCCAAUAACGUUAAGUUGCGAAUAUUCCCUGCGAGCACUACAAAUAUGUCUGCCUCCAUGGCGUCACUAUCCUCGGCAGAGGAAGACCCCGGCUCUUGGGAGUUGACCUCUGAGCCUCAUGUCACUCGAACGACAACGCGCGCAUCCCGCAGUGGCUCUUACGGUAAUAUUGCAGAUGACGAAUCAUCCGAUUCCUCGUAUGCAGAAGGUGCCUCUGGAGGUAUUAUUGUCCGGGGCACAUUUCCUUCUACCGACCGUCUUCGAGUCCGAUGGGCACCACCCACUAAGACACUCACGGUCAACGGGGAUAGCAGGAGGCGUGUAGGAGUCAAGGAAGCCAAGGGCGAGACGUCCGUUUUCGUUUUGGGAAAAGCCCAAGAUCCCCAGAGUGAAAGGGAAGGCAUUUUAAUGAAGGUCGAGUACAAGGGGACAUGUAAGGGCGUGUGGUUCCCCGGGGUCGCCACAAUGUUGGGAAUGGAUGUUGGUCUCAAUGCUCCAGGUUCGGAUGUCGUUUGGGCCCCUGGUGAAGAAGCGAAGUGGUCAGUUUCAGGAGGUGUUGGAUAUACAGGUUUCGACGUCGGUCCCCCCUCUACACCGGUAUCAAGGCAGCCCUCGCUCGAUUUUCCAUCUUCAUCCGGAAUGUUGCACGCCCCAUCAAUGGCUGUCAGAUCCAGUUCUUCUUCCUCUAUGUCCUCUUUGCUUCGUGCUCCCUUGCCAGCGGACCAGCUGCCGGAUUAUUCAUUCGAAGGGUCACCUACGUCCUUGACACCUUCCGUGACCUUGUCUUCCAUCAGUUCUGUUCCGCUGACGUCCGAGGGACGCAGCCGCGCCUCAUCCAAUGCACAACCUCCUCGUCCGCCCGCCGUUCCUAUCACUAUUCACAUCAACAUGAAUGAGAUCAUCCCACCAGCCAAGAACGUCUUUGCAUUUACUAUCUCUGGGACUAUCCUGGUUGUACCGAAAACGCCCUCUCGCAGCGUGAAUGAACACAGACCGAACUUUAGUUCGAGUUCAGAGGACGAGGCUACUGUUCCCAUUGUCCUGCCGCGUUUUUCCGUGCUGGCAGCGGAUUCUGAGUCAACCUCAACAAUCAUCCGCAACGAAACCGAUAAUGCUACCGUUGAGGUCUACAACAUCGCCGGAGAUUUGCGAGAUGCCCAGACCCGGCGCACUGUGUUGCAACGCAACAGCAUUACCAGGUGUGGUUCCGACGGUGGACGGAUAGCGCUACGUCCGAUAGUGCAACUAUCGGUCCCCAGGAGUAAUAGAACAGAACUUUCACUAGACAGCUCCCGGCUGUCGCCUCGCCCUAGGACAUCCAUUGGACCUAAAGAACUUGUGGCUCGCUCGUCGUCUGCUGUUCACCCGCAAGCCAUGUUGAUGAGAAGGCAACGCAAUGGACCUUUGAUGAUACCUGCUGUCGACAUCACGGUAACACCACUAUGUUUGGGAAAUUCUAAACUCCCCAACGCACAUGCUGUGCGCCUGUGCGUCCACGCACCACCUGAUGGAGAUUCUGACUGGCUGGAAUUCGGUCUCGCACGGGAAGCGGGUUCCACCACGUCCUCCGGUACACGAUCCACCGACGCUGCUGACCAUCCUGAGAUUGAUGUCGAGAUUGUCAGCGUCAGCGUUGACGAUGUCCCGAUACGUUUCGAGAACCGCUUGCAGGGGAAGAAGGAAGCAACUCCAACUAUCGACUUCGGGAACACCCUCACCGAAAACCAUCGGAGUGACUGGAUUACCUGGGUUAGGUGUCAAGUUGGCGAGCAAGGCGGUCGUCUUCUCGUGGAUUAUGUCGUGAAGCCGCACGCAGACCAAAAGUUCACGACACAUAUGACAAAAGGGAAAGCUCAAGUCAUAGACAAGUCACGCGUGAAUAUCUUGGUACCUACUUUCACACUACCAAUCGGAAGGAUGGACGUCACAAUAGACUCCGUUACCUAUAUUGACUCGCUGGAUUCGAAUUUCGCAUACCAUCGUCAGACGCCUGAAGGCUACCGGUUGCUUCAUUACUCCCUGGAAGAAUUCUUCUGUCCCAAAGUGACCUUGGUUCUACACUCUGGCGCUUCCCGAGUUGGUACGGGCCGCUUCCAUCUUAGAAAAUUCGUCCUAGCGUUAGGCAUUCUGCCCGUCGUCAUUCUCUUUAUGCUCCUGUCCAACCUAGGCUCGGAAUUUAGGCUGAUGCGACAAUCAUUCGACUUACUCGCAACGCAGUCCAACUCAGCUUGGCAGCAAUUCCCAACACCUAUCACUGAGACAGUUUUCGUCACGACUACCAUCUUUACAUCGCAGGGCCCGUCUUCAGGUCAUCCUUCUCCCACGCCUACGACUUCGUCAGCGCAGGCAGUAACGCCGAUUCAUGUUGUAUCUUAUGAUGGUACCGUCAUACCACCUUCCUCACGACCAGUCGAACGAAAUACACCGACACUUGUCAAGGGGGCUCCCGAGCCUUCUGAUCCCUCGUUAGAUUCUAGAGGGAGUUCUUUGUUGCCGGUCAACGUGCUCCCAUUCAAUUGGCCCUUACCACCUGACCUUAUUCCUACUGCACAGAGAAGUUGGGAGAAGCUUGUCGGGGGUCUGACUGUUGUCUGGCAAGUCUUCAGGACUGUAUAUCAUUAUCCUUUAGAUCCCCCUUAAUGUCGCUUCCAUAAAGAUAUUAUGCAAUGAGCAGUC